UGGGGCCCUAGUGCGGCGGGGCGGGCGCUCCCCACCCGGCGUCGCGGCCAUGGCCAAGGAGCGGCGGAAGGCCGUGCUGGAGCUGCUGCAGCGGCCGGGGAACGCGCGCUGCGCCGACUGCGGCGCCCCGGAUCCUGACUGGGCCUCGUACACCCUGGGGGUGUUCAUCUGUCUGAGCUGCUCUGGGAUUCACCGGAACAUUCCCCACGUCAGCAAGGUGAAGUCCGUGCGCCUGGACAGCUGGGAGGAUGUCCAAGUGGAGUUCAUGGCCUCCCGCGGGAACGCCAUCGCCAGAGCCACGUUUGAGUCCAAAGUGCCCCCGUUCUACUACCGGCCCUCGGCCUCUGACUGCCAACUCCUGCGGGAGCAGUGGAUCCGGGCCAAGUACGAGCGGCAAGAGUUCACGCACCCCGAGCGGCAGGAGCCCUACUCUGCAGGGUACCGAGAAGGCUUCCUCUGGAAGCGCGGCCGGGACAACGGGCAGUUCUUAAGCCGGAAAUUCGUGCUGACGGAGCGCGAGGGGGCCCUGAAGUACUUCAACAGGAGUGACGCCAAGGAGCCCAAGGCCGUCAUGAAGAUCGAGCAUCUGAACGCCACUUUCCAGCCAGCCAAGAUCGGCCACCCGCACGGCCUGCAGGUCACCUACCUGAAGGACAACAGCACCCGCAACAUCUUCGUCUACCAUGAGGACGGGAAGGAGAUGGUGGACUGGUUCAACGCGCUCCGCGCCGCCCGCUUCCACUACCUGCAGGUGGCCUUCCCGGGGGCCAGCGACGCAGACCUGGUGCCAAAGCUGUCCAGGAACUACCUUCAGGAGGGCUACAUGGAGAAGACGGGGCCCAAGACAGAAGGCUUCCGCAAGCGCUGGUUCACCAUGGACGACCGCAGGCUCAUGUACUUCAAGGACCCGCUGGAUGCUUUCGCCCGCGGGGAAGUCUUCAUCGGCAGCAGAGAGAGCGGCUACACGGUGCUGGACGGACUCCCACCAUCCACCCAGGGCCACCACUGGCCUCACGGGAUCACCAUCGUCACGCCAGAGCGCCGGUUUCUGCUGGCCUGCGAGACGGAGUCGGAGCAGCGGGCGUGGAUGGAGGCGCUCCGGAAGGUGGUGGACAGGCCCAUGCUGCCCCAGGAGUACGCAGUGGAAGCCCACUUCAAGCACAAGCCCUAGUACGAGAAGGUCCCGGAGGCCCGAGGGCUCUGGACUGCCUGGACGUGGCCGUCGCGGCCAGCGGGGCCUGAGCUUCAGCCACGAGCACCCGUGUCUCUGGAACCUCAAUGUGGGCUGGCCCAGCCUGACCCCGCCAUGCUGCUGCCCACCCCCCAUGGGACGCCCACAGACCACCCCCCCCCACCAACCUCUGCCCGCUGGAGCCCCGUUCCUCUGAGGACCACCCCCCAGCUGCCACUGCCCACCUGAGCGGGAACCCCCCACCCUUGAAGCUGGGGACAGAGGGCCGGCCUGCAUGCCCCCCUCCCAACACGUAUUUAUUGAAACCCGCUGUGUCUGUUGUGGGGUCCUGGGGGCCGGAGUGGCAGACGUGGACCCCAGCCUCAGUGAACUGACCCGCACCGACGUGUGGGUCUGGGGAGUCGGGCCCCCACGGUGGGAGCCCCAGGGCCUCGAGCCUCAGGCCUGGCUGCCCCUGGGUGCCUACCAUGUCAGCUUGGGACUCUGCGCUGACCGUGACCCCCCGUCUCUGCCCGCCCUCACUGUCUCUGACCCCUCGGAGGAUGGAGCCUGGGCCCAGCUCAUGUCUGCAGCCCAGCAAGCUGCUGGCCAGUGGUAACCGCCCCCAAGCCUCCCCAUGUGCCCGGGCAGGGGGACAGGGCGUGGUGGAGUGGGACGUGUGUGGGGGUCACCCGCUAGGUCAUCCGGGUGCUGUCCUGUGUGGCCACGACACGCUCCCAGGGGACCUGGACCAGCUGCUGGGACCGAGAGGGUGGGCGCCGGGCCUGGCCUGGCCGGUGGGCCCACAGCCAGAGAUGGGGCCAGGCGCCCUCCUGUGAGCCCGUCUCCCCUCGCACCUGCGCGAGCACCUACAGUGCAGACCCGUCACAAACCCGCACCCUGGGCGGGGGCUGCAGGCUCCAGCGGGGACCACAAGCCCCCCGCGCCCCCCACUGGGGCCACCGCCAGGGCUUGCCAGGUCAGGGGUCACCAAGAUGGCUGCGCUAGGUGAGGACCACUGUGAGGUCACCCAGGGCCAGAGCCCCAGACACCCUGCCCCUGGCGCCUCCUCCAGCCCAGGUCCCAGGGAGCCCAGGUCCUCGACUUCCAGAGCAGGCAGGAGGGCUCGCCCAGGGUCCCCAGACCUUCCCGACCACGCAGCCUAGUGGACUCAGCCUCGGGCCCUGGGUCGCGGCGGCCCGCUCUGUGUCAGCGUGGGCUCUGCACACUCGUGUCUGUGUGCGCACACCCACGUGCUCUGCCAGAAGGCUGCAUGACGGCCCAGCAGAGAGGAUUUCUCAGAAAAAAACAGAACCCACACGGGGGGGCGGGAGUCAGAGGCGCAGAGCCUGCGUGCAGACAUCACAGCACGUCCUGCUCGAUGAGACCAGGGCUCAGGGCACCCAGCCCCACCGGCCGCUCGCGGGGCCGGGGGCCUCACCUGUCCGCAGAUUUGGAUACGAUACUGUUAAUACCUAAACCCCUGACACUCUCCCAACACGGGCCACCUGGUGCCACCCACCAAGGAUGCAGUCCAGACAGCUGGAGAAACACUGGCCCCGGCGCCCGCGGGCCUCCCGGGGCGUCCGGCCGCUGCUCCCCGCCCACACCCGGCCCCAGGAGCUCCCUCAGAAAGGACCACUGCUGCUGAGCCCAGUAUAAAGGAUUUAUUUAAACUCAACAAUGAACACAAACCUUCCUUUAAAUUCCAUUUUUACAGUAAAUAAAAUUGUGUACUGCGUUCCUUCCCAUGCAUGAUCACUGG